UUAAUAUAGAUUUUGAUGACUUUAUCCCUAUUUAUUGCUCAUACAUGCAGUCAUAAAAGUAUCACUGUGUCUUUGCAGGAUGACAAAAAGAAGAAAAAGGACAAGAAGAAAAAGGAGAAAAAGGAUGAGGAAAAAGAGUUCAUCUGGGACAAAGUCAUCAUAUCUCAGACUGGUCCCAAUGGCGAAAUCGUGCAGGUGUGUGGAGAGAAUGUGAAGAACCUGGAUGUGGACUCUUCAGAUGAGGAGGCUGACAAGAAGAAGGAGAAAAAGAAGAAGAAGAAGAAGGACAAAAAGAAGAAGAAGAAGAAGAAGAAGGAGUCAUCCUCUUCUUCAUCUGACAGUUCAUCAUCUGACAGUGAGGAUGAUAAGAAAAAGAAGAAGAAGAAGAAGAAAAAGAAGAAGAAGAAAAAGAAGAAGAAGGACUCCAGCUCCUCUUCCUCAGAUAGCUCCUCCUCCUCCUCCUCUUCAUCCUCCUCCUCAUCUGACAGUGAGGACGACAAGAAGAAAAAGAAAAAGGACAAAAAGAAGAAGAAAAAGAAGGACAAGAAAAAGGAUUCCAGCUCUUCAUCCUCGUCCUCAUCAUCUGACAGUGAUAAAGAUAAGAAAAAGAAGAAGAAGGACAAGAAGAAUAAAAAAGACAAGAAAAAGGAUGAAGAUGAGACAGAGGUCAGCUGUGUCGUUCUUUCUGCAGCUGAUGGCGAGACCACAGGCCCAAGCACUGAUGGAGCUAAAAAGACAGAUGGAGAUGCUGCAAAGGCCAAAGACAAGGACAAGCUGGCCGCUGCUUCAGCUGGGGGCGUAGAAGCACUCUCUGGUGCGAUUGAGGAGGGCAACCUGAGUGACGAUGAGGGAGAGGCGGACAAGGAGAAGGACAAGAAGAAGAAGUUGAAGAAGAAGAAGAAGAAGAAGGAAUCUGGCUCAUCUGCAGACAGUGAUGACGAUGAUGAUGAUGGAAAAGAUAAGAAGAAGAAGAAGAAGAAAGAGAAAAAGAAGAAGAAAAAGAAGGACUCGUCCAGCUCCUCCUCAUCAGAUAGCUCCUGUUCAGACAGCGAAGAUGACAAAAAGAAAAAGAAGAAGAAAAAGAAGAAGAAGCAGAAGAAGAAGAAGGAUAAGGUUUUUGUCCUUGCAACGCUAUUGUGUUACAUGUCCUUGUGCUGUUUAGUUGUCUAUUGUGUCUAUUUUAAAUAAUUCUCUGUGCUUCUGUGCAUUUACAGGAUUCCAGCUCCUCUUCUUCAUCAGACAGUGAA